ACUGGACAACUGAUCGUGCCGGACAGGAUUAAACUUCGCUGAGGCGAGUUACGUACUUCACCGGCCGGGGAUUCCAUGGCUAGGUGGCUCUCGUUCUAGAAGUAGAGACGACCCACCUGUACUCACAACAUGGCCACUCUGCAGAACUUGGAGUAUUUUGAUAGGUUCUGCGUAUAUACAUAACGGGAGGGAGCUCUGCUUUUCAUUAUUUUCGCAAGCCCGUCACCUACAUCCAGGCCAGCAGCAGCAUCAUCAUCAUGGGCGCUCAAGACUUCACGGGAAUCGUCCGCAGAGCGGUCGACUCUGAACGUCUUUCGGGCUUGUUCGAAAAGGCUAUGAAUGAUAAGUGGCUAACUCUUCAAAACUCCCUCCUUGUGUGCUUUUCACUUUACUCCGCGUAUUGGUUGGUCGUAUACAUCUAUCGAGUAACGCUACACCCUCUGGCAAAAUUUCCAGGCCCCGUACUUGCUGGUGUUAGCUUCUGGUAUGAGUUCUACUACGAUGUGUGGCCCAGGAGGUACGGCUAUAUGUGGAAGAUUGAAGAGCUGCACAAGAAGUAUGGCCCGAUUGUGCGCAUCAACCCGAUUCAUAUUCAUAUCAAUGAUCCCAACUUCAUUGACCAGAUCUAUGCGCCUGCUGGAAGGGAGAAACGUAACGGUGACCCGUGGUUUAGCAUGGCGACCGAGUCGGGAAUGAUGGCGUGGUCGACGCUUCAAACCAUGGACCAUCACCAACAUCACCUACGGAGAGGUGCCCUCAGUCGCUUCUUCAGCAAAGCCUCUGUACGGCAGCUGGAAGGCCUCAUCUCAGACAAGAUCGAUCGACUCUUACAAAGACUCGCCCAAAUGCACCGCGCCGGCGACUCGGUCAUCAAUUCCACCCAUGUCAUAGCUGCACUAACCAUGGACAUCAUAUCGUCGUACUCGCUGGGUGUCGACAUGGGAAACUUAACCAGAGAGGAAUGGGGCCGGGACUGGUCAGAGACAUUCCCACGACUAGGCACUAUCAGGCCAUGGGGUCGGCAGUUCAAGAAUUUAACAGUCAUGUCCCUGAGCAUCGAACCAAGCAUCGUGCGCUGGUUCAACCCCACCGCAGCGGCUGUGGCCGAGAAAGCGAAAUACCCAAUGGAGGUCAUCAGGGCACACAUUGACAAACAUGAAAAGGAUGGUGCAACUACCAACAUGGCAACUAAUAAUAGGACAAUAUUUAUGGAGAUAUUAGACAGUAGCCUUCCUCCCCAUGAGAAGUCGGUUGGACGGCUGAACGCCGAGGCCUUCUUGCUCCUCGGUGGUGGCACCGAUCCCACGACACGCAACUUGACGGUGACCAUGUAUCACCUCCUAGCCAAUCCAAAACUUCUACAGCGCCUUCUCGAUGAGCUCAAGUUGAUCAUGCCACGGCCAGACUCUCCAGUGACAGUGGCUGCCCUGGAGGCCUUGCCAUUUUUCUCUGCAUGUAUCACAGAGGGUCUCCGAAUGACUAACGCAGUCUCUACACGUAUGCCACGUGUGUCGCCUGAUAAGGCGAUUGUGUACAAGGAUUGGGUCAUCCCCAAGGGUACACCAGUGAUGCAGUCUCUGUAUCUGCUGCACAUGAACGACGACAUCUUCCCCGAACCAAUGAGAUACAACCCACAACGGUGGCUGGACAAUCCGAGCCUCAAGUCACGUUACCUAAUGGCAUUUGGCCGUGGUAGUAGACAGUGCCUUGGCAUAAAUCUUGCCAACGCGGAAAUGUUCCUUACCUUGGCCCGCGUUCUGACCCGGUUCGAUCUAGGCCUGUACGACGUCAUCAGGGAGCGAGAUAUCGAUGUCAGUGGCGAUUGUUUCAAUGGCAUCGUACGAGACGAUAGUCCGGGAAUUCGAGUGAAGCUGCUCAGAGAUAACUUAGCCGAAAUAUAGAAAGCAUCAUCAUAUGCGUUUCCGUGUUUUCUCUGUAGAAACCAAUCCUGAGCGGAGGUGUCGAGGCGGAUCUAAGGUGAGUCAUGCAUAGGGCUCAUCAUCAUAUUAAGGGGGGUUUUGUUUUUGUUUGAACAUUGGUUUACUUGUGCCUGUGACAGUCUAGUAGAGGGGCGCGGAAAUUUGAGUGCAUCUAGUAGAUGGAUGUCCGUGAGAAGUAGUGUCUUUGGAGGAAGGAAGCACAGCUAGCCCGGCGUGCAUUUUUGGAAUGGUUUUCUUCGUUCUCUAAACUCAAUGAAUUUCUCCGGAUGCCAAUAUAUAUUUAUUUUGAUAUAGACUUGUAUAUCUAAUUAAAAUAUUUUUGCAGC